UCCUGGAUGGUGAAAGUCGCCAAGUGGAGGGUUGAGCAAGACGGGAAUACACGCAGACACACACACACACACAUAUAGAUAGAAAUAACACAGACAGAGCGCUGCAACACUCACUGUGAAACAACCCCAUCGGACUGACUUGGACAUAUGUCUCAAACAGCUGAGGCACUGAUCAGACUGCAGAGAAAGAAGGCUUGCAACUGAUUAUUUUUUUUCCCCUCUAUCUCCCACUCCCCCCCACCCAGCCCACCCCCCCUCUUCAACUCCCCACCUCCCCCCACCCCUCUCCUGCCUUGGCUCAUUCCGCCGUCGCGUUGUACAGCAGGUACAACAACAACAACCUAUCACAGAGUAGCAGCGCGUCGCCGGUGUGGGUUCGGCGGUGGGAAUGUGGAGAGCGAGUGGCCGGCUGUGAGAGACCGCUCCUGCCAACAGCAACUCCGGCGGACCAGCAGCAACUGGAAGCAACUGCGAGGCGGACUCCCGGAUUUUUUGGUUCUUCCUUUUAUUUUUUUUUGGAAAGAGGAUACCGUCCAGAGAUUUGACGGGGACGCGGGACGCUUUCUACCCGAACUGUGUGGGGGACCCAAGUGAGCGGUGAUGAUGGCAAUAAGGAACGCGCUUUGGAAAAACUAUUUGGGAGUUUUGUGCGUGUUGAGCAGGGUGACCCUAUCAAACUGUGAAAUUUUGGCACCUAUAUAUUGGAAUUCCUCAAAUCCCAAGUUUCUACCCAGUAAAGGUCUGGUGAUGUACCCACAGAUAGGAGACAAAUUGGAUAUUAUUUGUCCCAAGGUGGACUCCAGGAUUACUGGACAGUAUGAGUACUUUAAACUGUAUCUGGUGUCGAAAGACCAAGCUGACAGCUGCAAUGCUGUGCCCAGCCCCACACCAUUACUCAAUUGCAACAAGCCAGAUCAAGAUGUCAAGUUUACCAUCAAGUUUCAGGAAUUUAGCCCUAACCUCUGGGGACUGGAAUUCAAAAAAUAUGAGGACUAUUAUAUUAUUUCAACAUCAAAUGGUACUUUGGAAGGCCUGGAAAACCGAGAAGGUGGUGUAUGCCAGACCAAAGCCAUGAAGCUUAUAAUGAAAGUUGGACAAGAUGCAAAUUCUGUGGGACGAAAAGAAAAAUCAACCAGAGCUCCUGAAAAAGAAGGGGAUGGCAUCACAACCAAGCCCACCCAAAAGACCGAGAGUGAAGGUGGGACACGCUCAUUGAGUGGUGAGAAUAAACCUUCGACUGCACCUAGGGACCCAGACCAGGGGAGAUUCCUCAGCCCCGACGUGGCCCUAUUUGCAGGCAUUGGAUCUGGAUGCGUGAUCUUCAUUAUCAUCAUCAUCAUGUUGGUGGUCCUCCUGCUGAAGUACAAGAGACGACACAGAAAGCAUUCCCCUCAACACACCACUACUCUCUCCCUCAGCACAUUGGCCACCCCCAAAAGGGGAGGCAACAACAAUGGCUCCGAACCUAGUGAUAUUAUCAUUCCAUUAAGGACUGCGGACAGCGCUUUCUGCCCUCACUAUGAAAAAGUCAGUGGAGACUAUGGACAUCCUGUGUAUAUAGUUCAGGAGAUGCCACCACAAAGCCCAGCAAAUAUAUACUACAAGGUCUGAUCUGCCAGAACUGGGGCUGGUUUGGGAUCCUGGAGAAAAUUUUUUGGCUUGUUGCAUACCUGGGUCUUCUGCUGAAAUUAGUGGUGACUUUUCUUUGCACCAGGAUUGACUUCAAAUGUGUAGGAGAUUUAAAGGGGAAGGUGGAAACUUGCAGGAAAUUCAGCUGAAGAGAGAGUUGGUUAGUGUGUAUGAUGUGUAGGAAACUGCUUACAAAUAACAGGAGCAGCAAGCCGGAGAAAAGUUGAGUUAGGGACUCAACCAAACUAUUCCACCUUUUGCUCUUACUAUUAAUUUCUGGACCAUAUGCUUAAAACAUACCAGGAAGCAAGAGGCAAAGGGAUGUUUGAACUAUCUAUCACUGUAUUUAUAAUUAGUAACAUUUUAAGCUUUGGAUAUUCAGCAAUAGAAAAUAGUCAGUCUCCACUUUCCCUGGACUGUUAUCUUUUAUAAUAACCGGAUUUCAUAAAUCCACCUCUGUUGGUCUUCUGUACUUUUGGUUUUUAUUCUGUCUCCUUAUUUUCUUGUUACCAGUAUUACUUGUUAACUUGAAGGCCUCUUUGCCUUCAAACACGAUCACUGUAACAUCAGGAAAUUUCUAAAAAGUACCGUAACAUUAACUUGAAUCAAACAUCCCAGUCACCAGUGAUAGUGCUCAGUAUAAAGCAGCCAACUUUAAGCAGUCAUACAGAAAGUGAUACAUUAUGUCCACAUACAGGUAGGAGUCCCUCCAGUCAUACAUAGCACAUGACGGCCAUGAACAGGAGACCAUGUUCACCUGUGACAUUUAACUGCAUUUGCAGUUGUAUGCUGCUGCCUUUUUGAAUCUGAGAAGCAAGUGUAGAGGUAGGUUAUUUAGGGAGCACUUUGGUACUAAAAGUUCCAAGAUGUAGGCUGUCAACAUGGUGACAAGCAUGUAGGGCUGCACUUUACAUGAACUAAAGUAAUAACAAAACUGAAUUAGAGAAAGAGAGAGAAAUGAAAGUCCUCCAUCUGUAUGGUGCUUUACUGACACAUUAAAGGGGAGAGCACACAUCAGUGAUAAAAGGCAGGAGUGGCACUAGUGACGAUGCUUUUUAAGAACAGUGUGACAGUGGUACAAACUAACAGUCUGAGGAAACAUACUGCCUUAUGGUUUGAUUUAUAUGAAUAGACUGUGGAGCAGUCUCUGAGUUACGUGGUACAGCUUCUCAUUGUGGCUGAAAUACUGCUGCAGUUUCCUUUAAGGCCUUAUCCUUGGAGUACUAUUGAGACAAAAAAAAAUCAAGUAUUCUACAUUUAAUGGAGAAGGGAGAAGAAGUGAUCAGAAACCAGACCCAUGAAGCAGAAUAUUGUGAGCCAAUUGUUGUAGUAAGCAUUGCUCUGUAAGAAUGCACAGAGGGCAAAUGAAGAUCAUUUGACCAUUAGUCUGUCUGGAUGGUUAUAACAUCGCCAUAAAACAUUUGGACACUUGCUACUGGGAAUGAAAUCAUGUUUCCAUAAAUAACAAAUACAAAAAUAGAGUCAUCAUAAGACUUCUUAAGGAACAAAAGCUGGGAAAUCGCUCCUGCUUUUUAUUUGCAAGAACUGGAGGGCUUUCCAGCCUGGAUCUACUUAGUUUACAUGUAGGCCUAAUUUUUAGAAAGCAAUUUUCUAAAACUAAUAUCAAUCAGUAGUAGCCUGGCACUGGGAAAUUUCACUCCAAGAUCAUCUUCACUCCUGUGGUGACGUGUAGUACGGGCUAUGUAUUAGUUAUUGCGUGGCACUGUCCAAACUGUGAUAUCUUGUAACUUAAAAUUCAAAGAGUGUGCAGCAUUAGCUGUUGGAAAAGACUGGGCUGAGGAAUCCCAAGGCUAACCUAGAAUGGUCGUCCAACCUAACUCUUGAGCCUAAAAUUUACAGUGGCGACGAGGGUGAAACAGUUUGCAUGUACUUAAAUUGUUGCCGUGGCAAUUAAGUACAUUAUCUGCACAUCCGAUUUUUCACCAUUUCCAUGUAAAAUGUAUUUUUAUAGGCCUUCAAUACAAGAAACACAUUAGCAGAGACACUUCUCAGUUAUAUAGAUUUUGUUUGUUCUUUAUGAAACAUUUUGUGGGUGAUCUGUGCCUGACUUUGUUUUCACUUUAAGCCAGACUCUGAAAACAACAAGUUUCCAAUUUUGAAAAAAAAAAUCCAGCGCGGGGAGUUAUGGGAUGUCUGGUUUUGUAAAAUGUGCAGUGGUUCCAUGUCCGAUAUAGAGUAAGGCACUUUAUUCAGAUCCCAUAUAGUUUGUCUUACUUACCCUUCCUUGCCAGAUGAAUAUCACUGCAACUGCCUUUGCAGAAGCAUUCAUUCCUAUCACCUGGUUUUAGAAUUUGCACCACACACUACACCGAGGCUAGUUGUGAAGAAGCUGUAAAUAUGUGGAAUAUUUUAACGUACAACAAUUUGGGCAGGGAGGGAAGGGAGAAUUAAAAUAGCCUUAUUCACCUUUUUAGUAACAGAAUUUCACAGCAGAGCAUGACUUAAUUUUCCUUAAAGUAAAAUGUCUGUGUAAAUAGAAGAUUUUUUUUAAACAAAUUCUAAGGAGGAUGUUUUGUAUAAAAUCUGAAUUUUUUGCAAUGUAUUUUUAGCUAUAGCUGGUUUUCAAAGCAGUGUCGCCCUUUGCACUGUUUAAAAAUGGAGAGAAAUGAAAAUUGGUAAGGUUACCAAAUUGACCGCUGCAUAUUUGUGCCAUGAAUAUUUAUUUAAUUGUUUCUUCGUCCAGUUUGUACACACAGUAUUAAGCUUGCUUUAUAAAUAUUGAAUGUUGCUUUCUCCUCAUUUUCCCCUUUUCAUCUGAUUUUUCAACCUUUUCUUUCCUGAAACUGAUUUAAUUUUCACCUUCACCCUCCUGCAGUCCAAGGAAAAAUGAACAAAAUUAAAAUCACAUUCCAUAAGUCUGUUACAAACUGAAAUUGUUUUUAAAUAAAAGACUUUUUUUCCUAUGGAAA